ACUCCUCAGAAAAACCAUUCGGUAACAAGCUAUCCUCCUCUCUCUCUCCCUCUCUCUCUCGAUCUUCCAAAGCCGCUGUUUUCUCCAGUAAAGCAGCCGAUCUUGUCUCCUCUCACUGUUAGUUCCCGAUCUCCUUCCGGCAGAAAAUCUCUCUCUAGACAAGGUAUAAGUAUGCCGAAAGUGAAGACCAACCGUGUCAAAUAUCCAGAAGGAUGGGAACUGAUAGAACCUACACUUCGUGAAUUGCAAGCAAAGAUGAGAGAAGCUGAAAAUGACCCUCAUGAUGGAAAGAGAAAAUGUGAGGCUCUGUGGCCUAUUUUCAAGAUUGCUCAUCAGAAAAGCCGAUACAUAUAUGAUCUGUAUUAUCGGAGGAAAGAAAUCUCAAAAGAAUUGUAUGAGUUCUGCUUGGACCAAGGAUAUGCGGAUAAAAACCUGAUUGCUAAAUGGAAGAAGCCUGGUUAUGAGCGGCUCUGCUGCUUACGGUGCAUCCAGCCACGCGACCACAAUUUCGCUACCACAUGCGUGUGUCGAGUGCCCAAGCAUUUGAGGGAGGAGAAGGUGAUAGAGUGCGUCCACUGUGGUUGCAGGGGGUGUGCGAGUGGAGAUUGAUUACUCACCUCCAAUGUGCGCAAUAGGGACUUGCCAGGAAGGGCGUAACGCGGAAUUCAGCUGAGAUUGUUCAUCUUGUUCAUUUCUCCAGGCCCAGGGGUGCGUACGCACGAGGUUUUUAGCAUUUGUUUGGGGCUUAUAUUGCCUUUCAUCUUUGGUCGAAAGAUUUUUUUUUUUUUCUUAAAUUACCCCAGAGUGUUGGGCUGCAGAUUGUGGAUAUAACAUUUGUGCAAAUUUAACAAUAUAUGAAUGUAGACUGCUUUUCCUUGA